CCUAAUCACAUUUGAAAAAAAACAUAUUCAAACCGAACACUAAGAACUCUUUUCUUAAAGCUACUAGAUCUAAUGUCGUCAGGAGAAUUCUCCACUAGAGCUAGAGGGCUAGGUAAUAACAACAACGGAGGUGGAGGAACAGGGACAAAGUGUGGAAGGUGGAAUCCAACGGUGGAGCAAGUGAAGCUUCUGACGGAUCUGUUCAAGGCGGGGCUACGAACACCGAGCACAGAUCAGAUUCAGAAGAUCUCUAUGGAGCUGAGUUUCUACGGUAAGAUCGAGAGCAAGAACGUGUUCUAUUGGUUCCAAAACCACAAAGCUAGGGAAAGACAAAAGCGCCGUAAAAUUUCCACCGUCGACUUUGAUCAUCGUCAAGACACAAAUCUCUCUAUUCCUCAACGACACAACAUAAGUCAUCAUCAACAACCACCUAAAGGUUAA